AUGACAGUCCAUAUAAGAAGUCUCCCUACCGUGUCCUAUGCCCUGCACCAAACCUCUCCCGAAAACUUCACCAACCAAUUGCGCGACGCUCUCCUCUCGCACGGCUUCCUCUACCUCGACGACAUCGCCUCCUCCUUCCCUUCCUGGAUCGACUCAUGGGAUCAAGCAUUCAGUGAUUCCAGGGCUUUCUUUGAGCUUCCUAUAGAAGAGAAACAAAAGAUCGGUAUGCUCGAGUCAAAGCAUUUUAGGGGUUAUUCGGGGUUCAAAGUCGAGGUGACGGCGGGCAAGAAGGAUUUGAGGGAGCAAAUCGAUUUUGGGUGAGUACGCUGGAGAACGACAGUGGAUCUACGCCUUUUCCCGACGACGAUAAAGAAGACCCUUUAAAAACUGACACGAUGUGAUUCCAGUCCCGAAACACCACCGCACCCUGAAACACCCUCGAACCUCUUUCUCUCCCUCUAUGGCCCCAACCUAUUCCCCACCUCCACCCAAGUCCCCCACUUCCGCUCCUCGAUCCUCACCUUUCGUUCCCAACUCCUCGCCAUCUCCCAAACCCUCCUCCAUUUCAUCGCACAAUCCAUCACCCCUUCCCCAAACCUAAUUGAAAAACACUGGUACCCGCUAUCCGAAACACCUCGGGAUCGAGAGUUGGCGGAAUACGAACCCGAUUAUUCGAGGAUGAAGGUUGUGCGAUACCCCGUGGUGAGGAAGGAGGAAGAGGAUGAGGGCGCUUUAGGUGUGGGCGCACAUAAGGAUGGUGGUGGGUUGACCUUGCUGGCCCAGGACCAGACAGGCGGUUUGCAGGUCAGUUAGGGCGGGUUCAAAGGGACAUUGGAGGUUUAACAAGCUUCGCCUGAUGGGUUUUCCGAGUUUCCGAUCUGGGUAGGUCCAAGCUUGGGAUGGGGUGUGGAUCGACGUGACCCCGAAAAAGUAUGCUCUCGUCAUCAACAUUGGUCAAGUACUGUACGUCGUCCCGUGGCAAGUGACAAUUCCACAAGAACCCAGCUCGGUACAUCCUGACACCCUAACUGCCGAAAUUCCUGACUUUGCCCCCCUCCAGCGAACGCCUGACAUGCGGCGUCUACUCCGCCACCACGCAUCGCGUACUCCCCACCUUCGGUACCGAACCCCGUCUCUCAAUUCCUUUCUUCUUCUCUCCCACCCUCCAAGCCCAUCUGACCCCCUUGGACCCCCUCAAAGACCUGCACCCUUCCGUCCUCGAUCAUCUCGAAGCGUCGACUUCGGAAAAGGUUUCCGAGGUAAAGAAGAAUGAUCUGCAUGAGGAGGUGUUCGGUAAGAUGGCUUGGAGGGGUAUUUCGAGGAGUCAUGGGGAUGUGUGGGAGAGGUGGUAUGGUAAGGACGUGGAUCCGGUCGGUGGGCCGGAGGUGGUGUAG